AUGGAGGAGAAUGAAGGUACUCGGGACAUGAGCAUGCUUCCUCUCCUUCCCAAUCCUCCCCGGGCGAAUCUUCCACCGCCUCCGCCUCCGCCGUCGUUUCCGCCGCCGAGCUGUCCCCGGUGUCAUUCCUUCAACACCAAGUUUUGUUACUACAACAACUACAGCCUCACUCAGCCGAGGUACUUUUGCAAGGGCUGCCGGAGGUAUUGGACACAUGGUGGUACCCUCCGGAAUGUCCCCGUCGGCGGUAGCGCCCGGAAGAGGAGGAACGGCAGAUCCUCAUUAUCCACCGUCUCUGGCUCGGUUGGAUCCCUGCAGCCGAUCAACUUUGGUCAGAUUCAUCUUCAUAAUGGAUUUGGCGGUGGUGCUGUUAAUCCCUACCUGGUAAACCAGUCUACCAAUAGCCAGUUUUAUCAAAUGCUGAUUAACAGCAGGGAGACAGCAGGCAACAUGGAACCCAUGUUCAUGCAUCAGCAGCCGCAGCAGCAACCGAACAUGGCGUUAGCUCCUCCAUAUCAGGGACUGCACUUUGAAAACCCGAAUUUUUGGAGCAACAUGAACAAUGGAACUGGUGGUGCUACUGGAAGUACCAUGAUUCCUGCAGAUCAUUGGUCUAAUCUGCCUAACUAG